UUUGCUCUGGAUAACUUCACUUUCGUCUUUUAACAAGUGCUCUGUGCACCCGUUUCUUGCGUGCAAAGAGUCCGGAGAUAUGACCGCUUUCGCGGGGGGCCUUUCCAGGAUGAUGCGCCCCACGCCACCCCAAAACUAUCCGAGAGCAGGCUACUCCUUGGAGGUAUCCACGCCUUUAGGCCAGGGCCGCGUGAACCAACUCGGUGGAGUCUUCAUUAACGGACGGCCUCUGCCCAAUCACAUCCGCCACAAGAUAGUAGAGAUGGCCCAUCACGGAAUAAGACCCUGUGUCAUCUCCCGUCAGCUGCGUGUUUCGCAUGGAUGCGUGUCCAAAAUUUUAUGCAGGUACCAGGAGACCGGAUCUAUUCGCCCCGGCGCUAUUGGCGGCAGCAAACCCAAGCAGAGCACAACUCCCGAUGUGGACAAGAAAAUAGAAGACUACAAAAGGGAGAACCCAGGGAUGUUCAGCUGGGAGAUACGGGAUAAACUACUGAAAGACGGAAUCUGCGACCGAAAUAACGUACCCACAGUAAGUUCCAUCAGCCGCAUGCUGCGCUGUAAAUUUGGUGGAAACGGAGAUGAAGAUGAGGAUGAUGAUGAAGUCGAAAAAAGGGAGAUCGAAGAAAAUGAAAGAAGAGCCAAACACAGCAUCGACGGCAUUCUUGGCGACAGAUCAAGCCAUUCAGACGAGGGCUCUGAUAUAGACUCUGAACCGGGUUUGCCACUUAAGAGGAAACAGCGGCGCAGUCGGACCACGUUCACAGCCGAGCAGCUGGAUGAGUUGGAGACAGCAUUCGAACGCACACACUACCCUGAUAUAUACACUAGAGAGGAGCUCGCUCAGAGGGCUAAGCUCACCGAGGCACGAGUGCAGGUGUGGUUCAGUAAUAGAAGAGCUCGUUGGAGGAAGCAGGCAGGAGCCAAUCAGCUGAUGGCAUUUAAUCACCUGAUACCUGGUGGUUUCCCACCCUCAGCGAUGUCGAGUCUUCAGCCAUAUCAGCUGGCAGACAGCCCUUAUCCUCCAUCAAUUUCACAAGUUUCUGAGCAGCCCAGCACAGUGCACCGGCCUCAGCCUCUUCCCCCCACCUCAGUGCAUCAGACUGGGCUUGGCAGUGGACCAGGAGCCCAGGAGGGAAGUUCGGCCUACUGCCUCUCCUCGGGACGUCAUGGCUUCUCUGGUUACUCAGAUGGCUAUGUGGCUGCACCAGGCCACGCAAACCAAGUUAACCCCACCAUCAGUAAUGGACUCUCAUCACAGGUGAUGGGUCUGUUGAAUCCGGGUGGAGUGCCUCACCAGCCGCAAAGUGACUUUGCUCUCUCUCCGUUGACGGGUGGUUUGGAGCCCAGCACGGGCAUGGCUCCCAGCUGCCACUCUUCUCAGAGACUGGAGGCUCUGCCAGGCCUGCCUAGCAUGCCAGCUCUUCCCAGCUCCCAGUCCUACUGCCCCUCCAGCUACAGUUCACCAGGAUACGGCGUGGACCAUGUGGCAUCGUACCAAUACAGCCAAUAUGGGCAGAGUAAGGUGCCUUUCAUUAUCUGAAGCCCAGCAUUGACUGAACGAAGACAGACAGGAAGGAGAGGACGAGAACUCUGGAUGGUCUGACUGUAAACUUUUGCACUUGAGCUCUCCUUCACCUCUCUAUUGAGUGACCAAAUGGACCAUCCAUCCCUAAAAGCCCACUCCUCACUGGCUGACAGAGAAGCUAAGAGGAGAUGACAGUCCUCUCUAACGCAUAUAGAUCCAAAGUGCAACUGAACGGAGAGGGAGUUCUUUUCAAAAGGUUGAUUGUGGGUAGGGUUGGAUUGGGUGUAGGACCAGGACUGAUUAAGUGUGGACGAGUUAGUUUGAUUUUGCGUGGACAAUGUAGGCCUGAAGGAAACAGCUUCUCCAUAUUUCCAUUCCAUUCUGGAGUACUACAGGUUGACGACACUUAAUGCAUCCUUCUUACAGAACAACAAGCCAUUGAACGUGAGGAGGACAAAAGGGAAGACUAAAGGACAAUUAAAAAGGACAAACAAAUAAUUAAAAGACUGAGACUGCAUACAAAACAGCACUGAAUGGCAGGGAAGAGUGUGGCGCCAUACUCUGUUAUCAGCUGUCCACUGACGGACGCACUUUAGUGUCUGGUUUCCAUUGUGACGCAUCUUGACAGUGAGGACUCUGUGGUAUAUUGACAUGAUUUCAUUAUGUCAUAAUGAUCUUUCAUUUCUGAUAUACAAUAUGUAGGUAUAAAGGGCUAAAAAAAAGACGUGUCAAUUCGUUUUUUUGGCAUUUGCAUUUGCAUUUAUAAAUAAACAACUUAAAGGAGAAGAGUGCAAUUUUAUGGAAGUUAAAAUACUUUCUCCUGUCCCAGCUUAAUAUGAAGAGACAUCUAAAUGGGGCCAUUCACACUAGACAUGUUUUUGUUUCCAUCUGCCCUGUUUUUGAAAUUGUUUUCCAAUGUAAGCAUGCGCUUGACGGGCAUCUUUGACAGCUGUUUUGCUGUAUUUUCAGCAUCUCGCGUAGGAACACAUUUCAAAGUGGGUUUGAGACAGUUGCGCUCUCUUAUAUUUUUUUUGCACUGCAUCUGGCAGUUUUUUGUGCAAGAAAGCAUGCUGUCUGAACGGCCAUUCAUAGGUUAUAAAUACUAAAUUGUGACUGUGGCACUUUCAAAACAUUGCCCUGUGAUUGAGAAUCCUGACCAGCCUGAGACAGUAACAUCGACUAAUUAAUUACAAACUUCACCUUUAAGGGAUUAGUUCACCCAAAAAUGA